GGGCCGGGUUUCACCACCCAAUGAACCCCUACUUACAUGCUUACGCAAGAGUUCUCAUGAAACACUGAAAGAAGAGGAUGUUUUGAAUAACAGAGAAUUGGGUUUAGAGGAAGGGUUUUCCUUUCGAUGGAGUGAUCCCUUCUCAUCACCUAUAGCGGUGCUCCUGCAAUGGUUUUCAACUUUUCAUGGAGUCCACAACAUCCUUCCAGUUAGCCAGUAAGACUACUCUUUCGCUAGGGCCUAAAUUUGUGCUUCCAGAGGACAAAAGACCGAAUCUCUUACAGGUAUCCAUUCUGGACUCUGUUCCUAUUAUUGAUAUGAAUCAAGAGCCAUCCUCGCUUGUUCGAAAUAUCUCGAGAGCUUGCGAGGAUUAUGGUUUCUUUCAGAUCAUCAACCAUGGGGUACCGUAUGAAUUACAAGAUAGAAUGUUGAGUACUCUGGCUGAAUUCUUUGAAUUGCCUCCAGAAGAAAAGGCACAAUUCUUCACCACAGAUAUUAACACUAAGCAGGUAAGACUUUACAAUGACUACCUCAAAGUUGAUGGCCAAGAGAAGGUCGGGAUGUGGAGUGAAUCUUUCCUUCACCCUUGCCACCGUUUGGAUGAUAUUAUGAAUCUUUUGCCAGAAAACCCACCUCAAUACAGAGAGGUUAUUGCUGAAUAUUCAAAGGCGAUUCAUGUGUUGAUGAAAAGGCUUUUGAGUUUGAUAUCCAUGGGGCUUGGUCUUGAGAAGGACUCCCUAGAAAAGAGUCUGGGUGCAGAGAAACACAUCCUUAAUGCUCAUGCAAAUUACUAUCCGCCUUGUCCGGAUCCUGAGCUAACGUUGGGUUUGCCUGCUCAUACUGAUAUUGGUGGACUCACAGUACUUCUGCAACCAGAAGGAUUAACUUCCCUCCAAGUGCUUAAAGAUGGGGAAUGGUUAGCCAUUCAUCCCAUCCCAAAUGCAUUUGUCAUCAAUUUGGCUGAUCAGACUCAGGUAUUGAGUAAUGGAAGGUACAAGAGUGUACUCCACAGGGCAGUGACUAACAGAUCACAACGCCGAGUAUCAUUGGCGAUAUUUUGUAGCCCAGAUCCACACACCAUAAUCAGUCCUAUUGAGGAUUUAAUAGAUGAGGAGCACCCGCGAAUCUAUCAUAGCUAUCGUUUUGCAGAGUUUCUCCAAGAAUUUAAAAGGCAAGAAGGAACAACCCGGAUGGUUAAGGAAUGCUUUCAGUUGACACUCUGAAAAGCUACAAUUAGUCGUGGGGAUGGGGGGAAGCAAAGAAUCAUAAUGGAAAGUAAUAAAUUGAAGUGCAUUGCCAGUAAUGUUGAGCACCCCAUACACCCUAUCAUACACGCGCUUCUUCACCUUGGCAUUGCGGACGUCCUCAUGAUCCAUAAGUUUGUCCUUACAAGUCCCCUCUCCUGAUCCGUCAUGGCGCCCCUCAAUGUUGCUCACAUUGCCUUCAAACCCUGGAGCUCCAGGAAUGACCAACUUCAUCAUGAUCUUCUGUAUUUCUGUAGCUUUUUACAUCGCUUUUCCUGUUGGAAUUAACUCAUACCUGCGGUUUUAACCGAGGGUAUACAUAUAAAAACUGCAGGUGAAAUUUUUUUUCCCUCGGUUUGAAAUUGCUAGUUAUGAAAGCAUCGCAAAAUUUUUACCCGCGGUUUAUAUGACCACUGGUACAACCGUACAAAUAUUAUGACCAACCAAAGUUGUAAUGAAAUGUUUAGCUGCGGUUUCAUAACUUUUAAGGUUUGGUGUGCUUAUUAACAAUAAAUGUCACAGCAACUUUUGUGUGA